CUCUAACACACAUGCUCAUUUUAUCAGAGUAUAACCAACCCAGUUUGCUCUUCUUACAAAUUACAAUCUUCCAGAAGUCCAAUUCUUCAUAACUUGAAAUGGUCACCAUCCAUCUCUAACAUAAAUACGAAGUACAUAAUUAGAGAUUUAGAGCUAUCUCGUAUAUCAUCAAAUUCUUAAUUGCAAAGUUCCUGCUCUUCUCAAAUUCGACCCAUCAAACCUCAGAUAAUCACGUUAUUUUCAUUUCAGCUCCAAAUUCAAUCUCGUAUAAUUGUAAAAACAUGCGAUUUUUAUUGUAAUUUAUGCCAACCAAUCUUCAGCAAUAAUUUGGAAUUUGAGGUCUUUUUACUCUAAUGCCUGAAUUUGCGUAUAUUUCUGUUGCUCACCAAGUGUUCGAUGAAUUGCGUAAGAGAACGUUAUGCUAAAUAGAAUAUAUACCCACAAGCUGAAAGGCUUUUGUUUUCCUCUGUAUACCACAUUGGUAACACCUCCCCCUACUACUGCUCUACAAAAGCUUCCUGGGUUUCAACAGCUAUGCAGCCUUGUUUCGACUCCAAUCGGUGGCCUAAAUGAAUUGGAAUUGAGUCUUGAGAAAUGUGAAGUAAACAUAACCCCUUCAAUUGUAGUGGAAGUGGUGAAUCAUUGUAAAGAGGAAGCAUCCACGAGGCGGUUGCUUCGUUUCUUCACAUGGUCAUGCAAGAGUUUGGGUUCGGCUUUGGGGGAUAAGGACUAUAACCAUGCCAUUCGGGUUUUUGCUGAGAAGAAGGAUCAUAGGGCAGUUGAUAUUUUGCUGGCAGAUCUUCGUAAGGAUCAGAGGGUUUUGGAAGCUCAGACUUUCGGAACUGUGGCUGAAAUAUUUGUUAAGAUGGGGAGAGAAGAUGAUGCAUUGGGCAUCUUUAAAAAUCUGGACCUGUUCAAGUGUCCACAGGACAGAAUCACUGUCACUGCUAUUGUAAACGCGCUUUGUGCAAAAGGGCAUGCAAGAAGGGCAGAAGGGGUUGUGUAUCAUCACAAGGAUAAGAUAUCUGGUGCAGAGUCUUGUGUUUAUAGGAGUAUAUUAUAUGGUUGGUCUGUGCAGGGGAAUGUGAAGGAGACUCGCAGACUUCUCCAGGAGAUGAAGUCGAAGAAAAUUACUCUGGAUCUUUAUUGCUUCAACACGUACCUAAGGUGCCUUUGUGAGCAUAAGCUUAAGAAAAACCCGUCUGGGCUAGUGCCAGAAGCUCUUAACGUGUUCAUGGAAAUGAAAACAUACAAGAUCGUUCCAAAUUCAAUAAGUUACAAUGUGUUGCUUUCUUGUUUGGGUAGAACAAGAAGAGUAAAGGAGUCUCUCAGAAUCUUUGAUUUGAUGAGGAAAUCAGGCUGUGCUCCUGAUUGGGCGACCUAUUAUCUUAUAAUUCGGGUGUUAUACUUGACAGGAAGGUUUGGAAAAGGUAAUCAGAUACUGGAAUUGAUGGAAGAAGAUGGGCUCGAGCCACCAGCAAAGUUUUAUCAUGACCUAGUUGGUGUUCUUUGUGGGGUUGAGAGAGUAAACUAUGCAUUGGAGCUGUUUGGUCGCAUGAAGAAAAGCUCAGCUAGUGAUUAUGGUCCGGUGUAUGAUGUUUUGAUUCCAAAAUUUUGUAAGUGUGGUGAAUUUGAGAAGGGCAAAGAGCUUUGGGAUGAGGCAGAGAGAAUGGGUAUUGCUCUACAAUGCUCAAGAGAUGUGUUGGAUCCUUCAAUAACCGAGGUUUUUCCGCCCAAGAAGGAGCACUCUCUGAAAGUCAAGGAUACAUCAAUACUAAAUACUAGAAUUACCAAGGGCAAACGUCCUUUACAGAUCACAAAGAAGCCAAAAUUUCAUAACAAGAGAAGGCAGAAAAAGAAAAAGCCUAAGAAGAAAGCAGCAUCAACUUGAUUUGGUUCAUAAGAUAAACUUCAUUUGUUUUCUGUUUCUUCCAGUACCUGAUCUAGUACAAUAUUUAUCUGACAGAAAAUUAGCCUUCUUAAGCUGUAUGUUUCAUUUUGAUUCAAAAUUAGAAAUAAUGCUCAUUGCAAAACCCAGAAGGGUUUACUAUGGAUUGA